UUUCGUGCACACACACACAGACACAUUUCAAAGUAGAAUGGCGACAGCUUUAUGCAGUCUUCAGUCCAUUGGCAGCGGCAGUAAACCGACCAAAACACACCGAGAGCAGCGACGGAGGACCAAAGACUCUAAAAGGAGACAGGCGGCGUUGUUUUUUCUGAACAAUAUCUCACUCGACGGACGGCCUCAGUGUCGGUGUAACGAUGAAAAUACUGGCGGAAAAAGCACGGAGGAACCGCGACUCGGGGCCGCCGCCGCCGCUCUCACGUCGCCGCCGACAGAUAGCCAAGGGCCGGUGUCGCAGGUGACAGAGGCCGCUGCGUCUGCCGAGAGCUCGUCCUCUAGUUUCCCAGGAGUUCUCAGCCCUUCGGUCAGGUCUGUCGGGUUAGGAGCCAACGAUGUGUUCUUUGAGGCGGACGACACAGCUGAAAGCCCAGACGCCUUUCUGCCCCCUUACACCGGCGGUCAGCAGCAGACCUCCCGGGGCAGGUCAGCCCCCGCACUGAGCCCUCUGCCGGCCGUCCCUCCUCUGGAUCAACGACCCAGGUUGAGGAAUGCCUCUGGUUCUCCUGGACCCAAGGUGCCAAAGAAAGUCCACUUCAUCAAGAGUAUGAGGCAGUAUGACACCAGGGGAUGCAGGAUCAUGCUGAUUUGUGCCAAGCGGUCACUUUACGCUGCUUUCUCAGUGCUGCCCUAUGGAGAGAUAUCUCACCUCAGUGAUACCAAACUGGAGGCGCAGCGAAGGCAUUCCUCUGUGGUGGCAGCUGACCUGCUUCCCUCCCUGGAAGGCGUAGAGUUGGGCGCAUGUGGCAAAACUGUGUCGUACGCUCAGUUCCUUUAUCCAACCAAUGCCUUGAUGAGACAGAAGGGCAGCAGCAUUCCGGAAACCUGCACGGUUCAGACCCCUCCCGCACGGUUCUGUGGCAACGGGCCGAGGCACGUUACACCUGCACGCCUAAACAACCAUGUGGCACAAGAAUCAUGUGCUGAGGAGGUGGCAGAUUAUGACCCCAACCUGCUCAGUGACCCUCAGUGGCCCUGUGGGAGACACAAGAGGGUUCUGAUAUUUGCAUCAUAUGUGACGACUGUAAUGGAGUAUGUAAAACCGUCAGACCUGAAGAAGGACAUGAACGAGACAUUCAAGGAGAAGUUCCCUCACAUCCUGCUGACACUCAGCAAAAUAAGAAGCCUGAAGAGGGAGAUGAGGGCCGUGAGCGAAGAGUGCUCUCUCCAGCCGGUCACCAUAGCGAUGGCUUUUGUUUACUUUGAGAAACUGGUGCUGCAGGGUCGCCUCAACAAGCAGAACAGGAAGCUGGUUGCUGCAGCGUGCGUGCUGCUGGCCGCUAAGAUCAGCAGCGAUCUGAGGAAACCUGAUGUCAAGCAGCUAAUUGACAAGCUGGAGGAGCGUUUCCGUAUAAACAGACGAGAGUUGGUUCCUUUGGAGUUCUCUGUGCUAGUUGCCAUGGAGAUGGGACUCUACCUGCCCGAGAGCAAGGUCAUGCCACACUACCGCCGCCUAGUGCAGCAGGGCUAAAUUGGAGUGUGCGGUAAAUGCUAGGGUUGGAUCUUAUUUAUUUUCUGUAUUUCUCUGUUGUGUGGCGUUGACAUUGUGUGUGUCGUCCACUGAAGAGUUUGUACGUGUGACCUUGUCGCUUCAUUCCUGAGCUCUACAUUAGAGACAACCAACGAGCACGUUUGUGCUUCAGUUUGCUUUUUGGUGUGUCGAUUCUGAACUUUGAUCUUUUUGGAUUUUGCACCUUUUGCCAUCUCGACAGAAUAGUUUUAUCAGAUUCAUACUGUUGAUUUUUAAAAUGCCUUUUAAACCCACUGUGACGUAGAUGCAGUUUUAUCUCUUUGAAGUACUGUAGUACGGUGUGUCACAUUCUUACACCAACCUCAUGGCAGCUCUGUGCUUACACUUAAGUGCAGGGGUGCCCACACCUUUGCCUCCAAAGGACAAAGUAAAAAUAUCCCAAUGGGUCGUGGGCCAAACAGAAAUUUUAAGCCUACAGCAGCACCAUGAGUGAGGAGUUUAGCCUCAUACCGCCUUAUUUAAAAAAAAUUAAAAUAAAAUUGGAGAUCUAUUACUGUAAUUAGCCUUGCAGACAUGCCAUCAAUGAUCGCGAGCUUGAACGAGUUUAGUAUGAAUAUCAGUGAUGUGUAAAUGGCGCCUUAGUGUAUGGCACACUCACUAGCUGUAUUGACACUGUGCUGUGUUGGUGUUUCAUCAUUGUCACUAACCCGAACCCUCAUCCGUAGUACUAAAAAAAGUCACCAAUUGACCUGCAAAUGAAAUAUAAUGUUCGCAAAUGUCAUUAUUUUCAAAUGAAUAGUUGCACAGAAAUGAAUAUGACAAGCACAAAUCUGGUCAAUAAGCCAAAUAGUAAACAAGAAAAUAUUUACCUUAUAUGGCGUUAGAAGAUCAAAAUGAUCCCACGCAGCGGAAUUGUUCGUUUUUAUGUCCAUUUAGAUUGAUGGAGACAAAACAAACUGUCAAGCGCAGAACGCCACUCACCUGGCAUUUAGUACCAGCUGUUACUCGUGACCAAAAAAGAAGCACUCCCUAACAGUUUGGGGAUUCAUUCAAAUGUCACAGCAGUUGCAUCGCUCACGUUUUUUUUCUUUUCUCAGUGACAAAUCGAGGGGCACUGUAUCACUUCUUGUAUUUCUUGAGCCAGAGAGGAUUCAGUAUCGUUUGAAUCAUCAAUAAUGAAUAUGAAUUACAUUUGGGAAGCCGCCCUUAAGUGGGUCAAACGAAACUACUCAGUGAGUUGACUUUGGGCACCCCUGCCAAGAGAGUUCAAUCUCCUGAUGAGUUUACAUGUAGGACUUGCUAUGCAGCGUGUCUUACACGACGUACUGGGAUUUAACACUCUGUGGCUCAUUGACACAUUCAGUAUUUCAUUUCUCAGGAAUUUUGCUUUGUGACAUCUUUAGCUGUCGUGUAAAAGCAAGCCCAAAGAAGCGUCAUCCACACUCCAUAGAGGUUAGAGGCAGGAAGUCAUGGUUGGAUGUGUUAAAGUGCCUACAACUCCAGUGGCAAUGACUGACUGUUGUGUUUGUAAUGUUUCAGUCGAGCAGAUUGUGUGGCGACUAAUGAAAUACUGUUCUCUAUUGUGUUUCUGUAUCUAAAUAUGUAGAACUACUGAAAAUGUUGGUGUAAAACAGGUUCAAGAAAUCAUUUUUUAUUGUUGAGUGAAUUAUUAAAUAAACUAAAUGCAGAUUG